AUUCGGUUCUUUUUAUUGACGUUGCAAAUGGCAUGGCAGAGCUUAUCUUGGGACUGUCAUCCACUUGUCUUUAGAAAAGAAAAACAUCGCAUUUGCUCGAAACUGUGGGGCUGUUGUGUUAAUUUUUAAGAACACGGGAGAACUAAACAUUCAAUCUGACCAAAGGCCUAGACCACCCCUAUAUUAACAAACGCAGGUACAACAGGCCAUCCAUCCGCCGUGCUAUCUUCUCUCGGAGUUGCCUUGUUUUCUCCGAAAUCGAUUGCAGCGUGUCAAGGUUCUCUGCCUCUGCAACACAAGGGAGACGAAUUACCGGGCGGUGUUUUCCGACAGAGAAGAGGGGAAGACAUGGAUAAACUCGUGCAAUUCCUGCACCAGGACUUGAAGGACAUCGUGAUGUGGCUGUAUGUUGAGAACCGGAAGUAUCUGAUGAAACCCGAGGACAACAUCGAGCUUCUGACAAAAAGCAGCAACUUGCUGCUGGCCACCAUGGAUGAUGUCCGCAUGCUCUUACGAAAAGCGUUGAAAAAUAAGAGUAAAUGGUCACCCAAGAGCGCGGUAAAAGAGUGGCUCUCUACAGGACGGGACGACAUAUUGCUUGUGCAUGAUACUUUGCGGGAGUUGGAACGGUAUCGGGCUGCCGCCGGCGCUAGAUUCAUCCUUCACCGCCCGUGCGCCGACGUCGUUUCGAGGUACAACGUGAACGCCAGCGCCAUCUGGAGAAAAGAGCAGGUGUGUAAGGCCAACGAGGACGGCCAGGAGUAUGCGAAGAAUGGUAUGAAGGGAGUGGCGGAGGACGACGACGACGACGACGACGGCGGCGGUUGGGGGGAUUCUCUCAUGAAGGUCCUAGAUGAUGUAGAAAAGCUCCAGCGCUUUGAGGUUCUGCGGAGAUUUAAGCCGGAGCCCAAGCCCCAGGCACGCAGCUCGCAGGCACGCAGGUCGCAGGCACGCAGGUCGCAGGAACGCAGCUCGAUCGACCACACGGGGACUGAAAUUCCAGCACGCAGCUCGCAGGCACGCAGCUCGCAGGAACGCAGCUUGAUCGACCACACGGGGACUGAAAUUCCACUGCACUUCCUGCAGGCACGCAGCUCGCAGGCACGCAGGUCGCAGGAACGCAGCUUGAUCGACCACACGGGGACUGAAACUCCAGUGAGCAUAUCGAACAGAACCUAUAUAUAUCAUGUGAUUCUAACUCUGCACUUCCUGCAGGCACGCAGCUCGAUCGACCACACGGGGACUGAAAUUCCAGGCAUCGAGACGCUGCAGCUGAGCGCCUUGAGCAAGUUCCGCGCCUUGCCGCGGUCCGACAGCGACGACAGCUUCCCUGUGAUGAUGCGGGUGAAGGCCCCCUGCUUCGCCUACCGGUCUCGCGCACCCAUAGACCUGGUGCUAGUGCUGGACGUCGGGAGCAGGGCGGGCGAUGAGAGGCUGGAGCAGAUGAAGCAGGGCGCCCUGUUCGUCGCCCACAACCUGGAGGACGACGACCGGCUCUCCGUCGUCGCCGUGGCCGCCGACAACAGCACGCGCGCCCUGUUCCCGCUGUCAUCCUUGUCGGACGACGAGCACAGAGCGACGGCGAAAGCCAAGAUCCUAGAGCUCACGCCGGCGGAACUAGCGGACAUAGAAGAUGAGGGAACCACCGAUCUGGAGAGUGUUCUCGGGGGGAUUUAUAGCGAGAGCGACCGCAGAAGCCGGCUGAGGGGCAUCAUGCUCUUAUCGGAGGGCAUCGCGAGCACUCCAGCUCCAGGCGGAGGCGGCGGUCUCUACCGGUACGGUGCUCCGGUCUACACCUUCAGCGUGGGCUCCCAGCACGACCCUUGCAAGCUCUACCACCUGGCAACCCAAGAGGGCGGCACCUACUCCGCCGCCGCCGCCACGGACCUCAAGAGCAUCACGCAUGCCAUGGCGCUCUGCGUGGGCGGCUUGACGUCCAUCGCCGCUCAGGACAUGCGGAUCGACAUCUCGGCGCUCGGGCCUGGCGUGCGCAUAUCACGCAUCUCCUGCGGCUCCUGCAGGCACUACAUCGACGAGGAUGACUCCUCCUCGUCCGGAUGGAUCGACGUCCCCGACAUGAGCAGCAGCGAGGAGAAGAACUUCCUCGUCUACGUCCACGUCCCCGCCGAGGCCGGAGCUGCAGGCUUCUUCCCGGUCACGACCAAGCUCCUCAGCGUGAAAGCCUCCUAUUACCGUGCCGCGACAAUGUCUCGGGUGUCCCUCGAUCCAGUCGAGGUGUCCAUCGAGAGACCGCGGGGUGGUCAAUCCCAAGCAAGCAGUGCUGUGGACGCUCAAGUGGCGGCCGAGCUUCUGAGAACCACUCUUGUCGACAAGGUCGCCGAGAUGCAGCAGCAGAUGAUGCAGAGCACCGGUCCAGCUGCUGACAUUUCCAUCGAGCUCACCAAACUACGGGACUCCCUGCUCAAGGACAUCCCCGAGGCCAAGGAAACAAAGGACACAUGGGACGGCCUUAGCCGGGACCUGGACACCAUGGUGCACGCCGGCCUGCCCUACAUGCUCUCAUGGCUAAGCUCACACCAGUGGCAACGUGCAGCAAUGUUGGGCUCCAUGUCCAGCACCGUCUCCAUCGACUUCAACACCACAUGGAUGCAGGACAUGGUUGACUCCGUGCAUAUCUAGACGCGAGCAUAUAUACCUGCACUCACAAGUUUGCCUUCGCUUGGACAAGUGUCGUUUAAUUUGGUCAGCUCAGUUAUUUUUCUGCCGUGACAAGUGGGAGCAAUAAAAUCAAGGAACAUUUGUUUGGUGGCUCACUAA